GAGGAACGUUGAUCGUAUGAGGCGUCUGCCCACGCCUUUCCACAACGUCCUCAAUGCGAUAGCCAUCAUCUACCCCCGGGCCGGGAAACUGUGUUCCUAAUGGUAGCCGAUUCACCCCAGUGCAAGCCGUCCGAGGAGCCGGCAACGGAUAGGCUGAAGAUCAUUAUUGGGAUAGACUACGGGACCACAUUCACGGGUGUGAGUUACGUAACCUCGGACAAGACAAGCAUCGAUGAUAUCGACGUCAUCCGGACCUGGCCGGGCGAUGGACGCCCGGUGGAAGGCAACUGGAAGACACCCACCGUCAUUGCCUACGGAGCCGAGAAUCGGGGCGCGCGCCGCAAUCACUGGGGAUACGAGGUUCGCGGGGGCAUGGUGUCGUGUUCUUGGACGAAACUGCUGUUGGACACGUCGGCCGAGACGGCCGAGUUCGACGACCCAUCACUGCGCGACGCCACCGGCUCGGCACUCUUCCAUAUCCCUCGAGGAAAAGACGCACAGAUGGUGUGCCAGGACUUUCUAACCGAAGUGUACCGCUUCGUCGUCGACAACCUGAAAAUGCGCAUAACACCCGAGAUUUUCGACAUGACGCCGAUGGAGUGUUACCUCACCGUCCCGGCCAUCUGGACUGACAAGGCACGGACAGCUACCUGGGACGCGGCAAAGGCGGCUGGCUUCGGCUCCCGUUCUUUUGAUGCCAUCAGGAUGGUGGCCGAACCCGAAGCAGCAGCAGUGGCAGCACUGAGGAAGGACCUUCGACCCGGGUCCACGAAUGCCGUAAAGCCUGGAGACAACGUCCUGAUUCUCGACUGUGGAGGAGGAACUGUGGAUAUCACCACUUAUAUGAUCCGAAAGACGUUUCCAUCAAUCGAGUUCGAUGAGAUUUGUGUCGGAAUCGGUGGGAAAUGCGGAUCUACCUAUAUCGAUCGCAACUUUUUCAACCUGAUGACCCGGCGAUUCGGGUCAGCCUUCGAAGACGUCCCUCCCAGGCGGAGAGGUCCUGGCAGCGGGUUCAUGGCAUCGUUUGAGAAGGCAAAGCAGAGCUUUGGUAGCUCCGAAAACGACUCUUAUGAGAUCCAUCCCAUCCACAUGCAAGGCGAGUUGGACGAAGACCACUACGAUGAGGAUGAGGCGGCUGUUAUCCUGUCGAAACGCGACAUGGAGGGUAUAUUUGACCCGGUCGUCCAGGAUAUUCUGCGUCUCCUCAGUCACCAAGUCGAAUAUAUUUCGCGAACCAAGGGCAAGCGCAUUAACACGAUUGUCCUUGUUGGUGGCUUCGGAAACUCAGACUACCUGAAGCACAAGUUGGAUUCCUGGUGCGCCACAAACGGCGCAAUCAAAUGCAUCCGCCCGACCUUUUGCCAAGCUGCCGUCGUUCGCGGCGCUGCUAUUAGGGGCCUCGAGGGAGCAAUGCCGCGCACGCUCAUCUGCCGUCGUCAUUAUGGCUUCGAAUGUGGGGAGAUCUUUCGACAUGGCAUUGACGAUAUAAAAGAUGCUUACAUUUUUUGGGAUGACCUCUGCUGCCGUGGCCGCAUGACCUGGCUGAUGGAAAAGGGUGCGGAACUUUCCGACUCAACCUACCGAACAGUCCCGAUAUGCAGACGUUGGUCACCUGGUGACUCGUAUGUCUUCGAAAAGGAAUUGUACUCCUGUAACCUUGACUCGGCACCUGGACGUAUCGAGGAUGCUGGAGUCGAACACAUCGGCACUAUCACUGUGGAUUUUACUAAUGUCAACAUGUCCAGGUUCGAGAAAAGGACGUCGGCGUUUGGUGUUGAAUACAAACUCGAGUACGAAAUCGGGGUUGAUUUCAGGUCUGACGAAGGCAUUCUACGGUGCUUUUGUCUGGCCGAUGGAAAGACCAUCGGCGUCACAAGAAUCAGUUUCACCGAUCUUGCUAGGUAGCUGUCCUAGCCUGCGUUGAGGGACUAAAGCAUUUCUUCCCAACUGAGACUUCGAGGAGCUAGGACUAGCAAUUGCAAUACUGAAGUGCGAUGCGUAGUUAGCUCAGUUUGUGUGUGACGCUUGUGCGCCAUGCCACCAAGAUGGGGUUUGGGUACGGCAUAAUUUGUUGGUGACUGGAAAGAAGCAUGCAGCACGAUUUCCGGAGUUCCGCACCAUUGUUGACAAUCCGCAAACUA